AUGGCGCCAGAACGCGUGACGCAAAAGCGACGCGACGCGAUCGAAAAGCGCCUGACGCAUUCAGAGCGCGCCAAUGCCGGGCAAAUGCGAACAGCGAGAAAAACAACGGUGAAAAUGCUGUGUAUUUAUGCCGAUUAUAAAUCGGAUGAGAGCUACACUCCCAGCAAGAUCUCGGUCAGAGUGGGAAACAACUUCCACAACCUGCAGGAGAUCCGGCAGUUGGAGAUGGUGGAGCCGAGCGGUUGGAUUCACAUCCCUCUGUUGGAUCUGGUCAACAAUCCCAUCAGGACCUUCAUGAUCCAGAUCGCCGUGUUGGCCAACCACCAGAACGGACGGGACACGCACAUGCGGCAGAUCAAAGUCUACACGCCCGUGGAGGAGAGCUCCAUCGGCAAAUUCCCACGAUGCACCACUGUAGACUUCAUGAUGUACCGCACCAUCAGAUGACCCGAGCUUCUGCUCGAAUGGACGGACUGAGGUGCAGACUUUGCCUUUCCGUAAGACUGUUCUAGAAUUAAAUGGUUUCAGAUGGUUUAAAAUGUGUUUUGUAAAGAGAACAGUUCAAAGUUCAGUUUAUGUAAAUGCAAAUCUACAGGAAAUAAAUGUUUUGUUUUUUUU